AUGGCCGUAGGCGUCCUCAGGUUUUUGAUUACUAAAGAGUUUUUUCUUUGGACAGGAGGCGUAGGGCACCGGCGACGCGUGCUGGUUCUGGCCCUACCAGACCUGGUGGCUGACACGGAAGGCAGAGCUAGCGGGUCGUGCACGCCCCCAUCCUCCGCGCACUCCCCUACGGAGGCCAAGGGCUCCCGGGUGUCAUUCAGCCACGCCGUCGGCAACGCGACCGGCGGCGCUACCAGAAUCCACCCCCGGCCAGCUUGGAGCCGCCCUCGGGCUCUGUCUUGUGACGUCACGCUGGAAGUCGAGUUGGGGCAAGAGCUCCGGAGGAUCGGCGACACUUUCCACCGGGCUCAUGCUAUGGCCAUGAAUGAGGAAGCAAGUGUCUGGAGUCGACUGCGCAGGAGUUUUCGCUCCUCGGGCUCCCGGUCCACCCUCACAACAUCGUAAGAAUCACCAACAAACUCACCAUCAACUCACCAGUGAAAUCAAGGUUUAGAACUUCGCUCGUGAGAAGAAACCGUGGAAAAGAUCAACUGGCUUUCAGAGGAAGUGUUAAAUUUUGUCUAAUUAUGAAUAGAGGAUUGUUCUGUACCUAGUUCUAGAUGACUACUUACUCGUGCCUUAUGUACUGCAUUGCAUAAUCAGUCCAAAAACUUUUGUGACAUAUGUUAAUAUGUAGUAGGGUUAUGUUGCAUGCCUGUUGUAGCAUAUGAUGUUUAUGGUUUGGUAAAGUUAAGUAUUAUGCAUUUACUGUUCAUAACAAUCUUUCAUUAGGUUGUUGUAAUGUAAAACUUGUUUGGGUAAUUUAAAUUAAGUGUUAACAUGGUUUGUACUAAAGAUUAUAUUACACCUGCAUAGUGUUGCUCAAGAAUUAAGGUGUGGUGCCAUAACAUUGUCCCUUUAAAAGUCUGAUGAAUUUUGCAGGACUGUAUAACACUCAUUCAGCGUAGCACUAGGAUGACAUUUACAUAAAGACAUGUAUGGGUAUUAUUAAUUCGCAUGUAAUUGCUUGUUCAUCAGCUUGUUCAAGUCAUUGAAUUUUGCUCAUAACCAAUAAGUAAAACUCCCUUUGUGCUCAUUAGUAAGAACAGAGAUGGAAUAGAAGUGUUAUCUAAAUCAUAAUUGAUAUGUAAUAUCUUAAAGUGAAGAACUUGAUAGCUUAAAAGAUUUUGGAAAGUUAGACAUGGAUUAACAGUUUCAGAUAUAAAUCUAUAAGCUAAUAUGCUUUUCUUGAUAAAGGCAUGCAAGUUAAUAGCCAAUAUGUCCAGCAACUUCUAAUUAAUGUAAAUACAGGGUAUUGUUAGUGUAUAGGAAUGUCAUUAGGUGUUACUGGAACAUUUAGGUUAUUAUGUAAAGAAAAUGCUUUUGGUUUUCUGUACAAAGUAAAAUAAAACCAGUUGUUAGGAUUUUCUGUAACCAAAAGUUUUGCCAAAUUUAGGGCAACUUUAUUUCAAAUUAUUACAAUGUUAAUAAUUGUAUUUGAAAUACCAGUGAAUUGACAUUUAUUUACUGAAAAAAAUAGUAAUAGGUUGUAAGUUUUGUGAUUAUUGAUCUCAUUAGUUAACUUUGUACAUAGUACUUGUGCAUUUGAAAAGAAUAAUAUUGUGCAUUUAGAGAGUACAUUCAUUUGUCUGAUCAUGGACAUGCAUUGGAGAAACUUUUGGGUGUUGGAUGAAUUUUCCAGCUGUAAACUGCAGGUGGACUUGUUGGGUUGGAUUUUAAAAGCAAAGAUAACAUAGCAAGCAAAAUUUUCUCCAGUAUUUAGGAGAUUUAUAUGAAUAUUUUUACACCUGUAUGUUUUAUUCAGGAGCAUUGGUUGUGCUUAGUGUCCAGGGUAGAGAAAAGCUGUUUUUAUUCAUGAUAUCCACAUAGAUUCACAUAUGAAAAAUGAAUUACUUGUCAGUAGUUUUGAAAUGUCUCCAGAAUUAAGUCCUUGCGUAUUUAGAACCUAUAUACUAAAUUUGUAAAUCAGUUCCUUCUCCCUUUUUAGAAAAAAAAAGAUUAUAUGUAUAUAUAUUUAUCCAUUUUAUUUAAUGAGAAGUGAAAGGUAGAUGUAUUCUAGGUUUUCAAUGUGACUUUUACCUAAGAAUUUGUGAGAGUAAUGUGCCCUAGAAGUAGAUUUUUUUUUACAGAUCAAUUUUUGGAUUUGAUUAAAUUGGAGAAGUUAUUAAUAAUAUCACUGACAUUUAUAUGUAAAUAACAAUUUGUCUUCCAAAUCAUGUACUAGAGAAUCUAUGGACCUCACAUCCAAUGCUCAGAUGUAAAGUGAUAUAUAUGAUAUUGUACAUAUUCUGUAUUGGUUUUCCCUCAAAAUGAAAAAAAAAAAAAAUUGUCUGUAUAUAAAUUAAAGGUGCUCGUAAAAGAUUAGCAUCAUGAUAAAUGUUGAAUGAAAAAAUCUGCAGAAAAGAGUGAAACAUUCAUGUAGAAUUACGAAGAUAACAACCAGAACGAUAAACGCUGGAUGGUAUUGAAAAUUAGCUUGGUAUAGGUAAACCAUAUCUGUGUUCAUUUAAUAGCGUUUGUGCUCAACUAGGUUUGGAUUUACUAGUAUGUCAGUGUAAGUUUGCCGUGAGCAUGGUGUGCUAGCCAAGGAAAUACUAAAGAUGGUUUCUUAAGUCUUUCACGUAAUGCAUUAUCCACUGCCAGCAUUGCUCGCAUUAUGGUUGAGUAUGGUAUGAAGGAUUCUGUCUGCUCAUGUGGUGUUAGUAUCUUUCUGAAUCUUUGUUUGAGGAUUAAGUGGUUGAUUGAGCAAAUUUGUUUCACAGAAGAUACCCUAAUAAAUAUACACACACAUGCACAUACACAUACACACACAUGCACAUACACACACAUGCACAUACACACACACACACACAUGCACAAAUACACAAAUA